CAAACCUAGUUCGCUAGUCCGCUGCUUGAGCCUUCGAAGAGGGAAGGCUCUACAGUUGGUAGAGCACGCACCAGCACCAGCACGCGCACGCAGUCCUUUGCUCCAGCCUGCGGAGGGGUUCGCUUUGGUUUAUCGUGUGUUGAUCGUCGCGAGCGCGAGCCUCGUCCCGACAGUAGCGCAGCGUGUGUCGUCGGAGACGGAAACGGUAGCCUUUCCAGCCCCUUUGGACCACGGUACCCGAGGACCGAGAGUACUAGAGUACAACAACAACAACAACAACACCAACAACAGAGCAGGCAACAGUAGCCACAGAAUCGUUCCCAGACCAGUGUCCAGCAAGCAGUCCAGUGUUGUUGGGCUUGUUUUUGUACGCGCGCGUGGUGUGUGUGUGUGUGUGGCGUUUGCGGGUGGCCCAGCACCUAUCAGCACCUAUCAGCACCAGCACCACCACCACCACCACCACCACCAUCAUCGCCGAACGAUUGCCCGGUUCAGGCCCCGGCUCCGGCCCGGUCUGACACACAUACACACACACACACACACACACACCCUUACGCACGACCAGCGCACGCGACAGAUAAACAACGGGCACUGUACUGUAGCAGCACGCCAUGCACGAUACUCCUGCACCCACACCAGCAACCAGUACCACCUGAAACCCCGAACCCCAAGGCGGAGUACCGCAUCGCAGGUGACUCCCCCACCCCCGCGAUCCAUCCCGGUAGGGGUGAGAGAGAGAAAGGAGAGAGCCGGGGGCGUACACACACACACACCCCCGAUACCGAGAGUGUUAAAGGAGGCACUCCAAACCUUGCGGUUUCGCUUUGUCUCCUAACCCCCGCCCCUGCCCCCACCACCAAAAUCCCCCUAUCCCGCUUUAAACACCACAUCUCCUCAUCCUCAUCCCCCCUGAUCCCUUUCCGGUGUUUCCGGUUUCGGGCGCGGCGCCCGCUCGGCAAUGGCCAACACUGCCCAUCUCUUCCGCAGACAGAGCUCCCGGGAUCUGCUGCAGCAGGCGACCGUCCGUAGCUUGGAUGAGCUCGAGCUAAGGGAGUUACGCAGCCGGCUGGUACGUGCCGAGAAUGGUGCCUCCCACCGCAAUGCACCACCGACGGUGUACGGUGCCACGAACCAGGCGUUCAUCAGCGACGAUGAACCACCGAUGGCGCAGAUACUGGACAUCGGUCCUUCACCGUCGCAGGCACCGACUGCUACUGCUGCUACCGCCCGGAAGCUCGCGAUGCAGGCUUCGAUCGUGGAACCGGCCGCGGCCAUCGUGGAGAAGCCGGAGGAUGAGCGCGAAAGCUGGGACAGCAAGUGGACGUUCCUGUUGGCGACGAUCGGGUACGCGGUCGGUUUGGGUAACGUGUGGCGGUUCCCGUACCUUGCGCAGAAGAACGGUGGCGGCGCCUUCCUGGUGCCGUACUUCAUCAUGCUGCUACUGCAGGGGCUACCGAUCUUCUACCUGGAGCUGGCGAUCGGGCAGCGGCUGCGCAAGGGUGCGAUCGGUGUCUGGCACGAGGUGUCCGCCUACCUCGGCGGUAUCGGCAUCUCGUCCGCGUUCGUCAGCUACAUCGUGGCGCUCUACUACAACACCAUCAUCGCCUGGUGUCUGAUCUAUCUGCUGCACAGCUUCGAAUCGCCGCUACCGUGGGCCGACUGCCCGAAGCGCCUGUUCGCGAACUUCACGUACGACGUCGAGCCGGAGUGCGUCGUCUCGUCACCGACCAAGUACUACUGGUACCGGGAGACGCUGCAGGUGUCGCACAGCGUGAACGAACCGGAGCAGAUCAACUACACCGUGGCGAUGGCCCUCAUUACCGCCUGGUCGCUCGUUUACCUCUGCAUGGUCCAGGGCAUUACCGAGUCGAGCAAGAUCGUCUACAUCACCGCCAUCUUCCCGUACGUCGUGCUCAUCAUCUUCUUCUUCCGUGGCAUCACGCUGAAAGGCGCCCUCGAUGGUAUCGCUCAUCUGUUUACGCCACGCUGGGAAUCGAUCCUGGAGCCGGUCGUGUGGCUCGAGGCGGGCACACAGAUCUUCUUCUCGCUCGGGCUCGCCUUCGGCGGGCUGAUCGCGUUCAGCUCGUACAAUCCGGCCAACAACAACUGCUACCGCGAUGCGCUCGUCGUGUCCAUCACCAACUGCUCGACCUCCAUGUUUGCCGGCGUUGUCGUCUUCUCCGUCAUCGGCUUUAAGGCGACCUCGAUCUACGACAGCUGCGUCGCCGAACGUAGCGAGAUGGUGCGGCUGAACAAAUCGUCCGAGUUGCUGCCAGUUUGCGAUCUGCAGAAGGAGCUGGAAAAUAGCGCAUCCGGUACGGGGCUGGCGUUCAUCAUCUUCACCGAGGCGAUCAACCAAUUCCCGGCGGCCCAGCUGUGGGCCGUACUGUUCUUCCUGAUGCUGUUCACGCUCGGCAUCGACUCGCAGUUUGGCACACUCGAGGGUGUCAGCACCUCGCUGAUGGAUAUGAAGCUGUUUCCCAACGUACCGAAGGAAAUGAUCACCGGGUUCCUGUGCGUCUCGUGCUGCGUAAUUUCGAUGUGUUUUGCCAACGGGGCCGGCAGUUACAUAUUCCAGCUCAUGGACAGCUUCGCCGGCAGCUACACUCUGCUCAUCAUCGCGUUCUUCGAGUGCAUCGGUGUCAGCUACAUCUACGGUAUCAAACGGUUCGCCGAUGAUAUCGAACUGAUGACCGGCUCACGGCCCGGACUGUACUGGAUGCUGUGCUGGAAGUACAUCUCACCGAUCGCGAUGAUCACGAUCCUUGUGGCCUCGUUCCUGGAGCUUGCGUCCGAGGGCAGCAGCUAUCCGGGCUGGAACGCACUCACCGGUACCACGGAUCGGCUCGAGUGGCCGCACUGGUGCAUCGUUGUCGCGAUACUGCUCAUCCUUGUCUCCAUUCUGUGGAUUCCGGGCGUCGCCAUACUUCGAUUAUGCGGCAUCAACGUGAUCGAGGACAGCGAACCGGCCUGGUUCCCAUCGGCCGAGCUGCGCGACGUGCAUGGCAUCAUACCGCACGAACCGACCGAUGUCGAGAUCUCACUGUUCUGUAUACGUGCGGACGGAUCCGAGGGACUCUGCUGUCCGACCUACGGUCCACGCGAACAGCCCCUCGAUGAGGAGGAAUAGACGGUGGAUCUCGUCGCCGAUUCUGACAACCCUCUCCUCAUUCACUCAGCCUCAAGUUAUCGAUACACAAACCAAUAUACAUAUAUCUAUCCAUCCCGUACAUACACGUAUACACGAUGCAUAUGCUGAUUUGUAAAUGUGUACAUAACUACACAACAUACCCUCCAGAAGCAUGUCCGAGAAUGUCCCACCACCAGUCAGUGGCAAUUGUCGUUGGUGAAACGCUAAAAAUGGCCAGAAAAGCAAACCAAAAAAAAAAACAAACAAAAAACAAAACAAAGAACUCAAAACCCCUUCAACCUCUUGUAGGGUUCAUUAAC